AUGGCGCCUGCAAUGCCGACAAGAAGGAGCAUUUCCUGGCUCGCUGUGUUAGCGCUAUGCAUGGCCCAAGCUCUCGCUGUGCAGUGUUCGAAUGACAACUGUCUUAGCGCCAUACAAAAUGCGCCAACUGGCAGAGACGUCACGGCGGACUGUCUGUCUUUCCUUGCGCAAACUGCUCCCACGGGAACUAUCAGCAGGAGAACGACCACGACGACGGUGACCAGCACAAAGAGGGUUGCGACUUUUACACUACAUCGCUCGGCGACCGUUACCACAAAGACAGGGCCAACGAGUUCAAUUGCCUCAGAGUUUGAGGAUAAUGGGAACCAUAAGCGGACAAAAGUUGACUACGAUGCCCUCAACGGGGAAAGGCCGGGCUUCUCACUCGUACAGGCUCUCCAGGAGCGGCGGGUGACUACAAGUCCAGCUUCGGCGACACUACCUCUAUAUGCGAAGAAAUGCGCCUCAGAAGCCGAUUACUAUUCAGCAUGCUCUUGCUUGGGACUCUCUCAAACCACUAGGGCUGCUGCUCGGCCAGUCACUACGACAACAGUUACUGUCUUCGAGACGGUUGCGAACGUUACCCUGCCGCCUUUUUUCGCCAAUAGCACGAUUCCAGGAAGGCAAAUUGGGACAGGGACAGGAACAGCUAUGAGCACAGUUUACGCGGGAAGGAAGAAUGGAAGUGGCAAUUCUUUACGUCCAACGACUUUGUUCACGAGCCGAGUGACCUUUUCCAAAGAAGUAAGCAGUGAUCCGGGGUCGACAAGCGUUUUCAGUGCGUCGGCACCUUCGGCCGCCAAAUUGACCGUACAUGUGAUGACCAUUGCAAAGCCUACUACAACACAGGAGCUAUUAUGGGUGAACACAACAUCGACCCGCAGUUAUCCAGCUGGAAAAGCUACAGCUGCUCAACACACCAACUCUACGGCAGCUCUAGCAACAGCAUCUGCAAACAUCACGACUUCCUCCACUCAGCUCAAUAUUACAAAGAGUGCCAAGUACCUAAUUCCCAUAAACAGCACAGCGUCCUGGUAUAACGGGACAGCUACCAGCCCAUCACUAGCAAGUACUAGCACUGGAGUGGCCAAGACAACCGAGAGUGUCAAGUUUCCAAUGUACAAGAACACUACUGGUAAAGCUUCAUGGCACAACGGCACAUCAAUCAGCUUUCUACCACUGGGUACCGGAACCGGGACAAGAGCCACACUCACAACCAGUCCCAUCGCUUCCCCAACAACAACCAUCGCCCGCCUCCCCUUCCUCAUAAACACCACAGCCUCCUGGUCCAACGGAACCGCAACCACAGUUUUCACGAGCCAAAGCACCGGCACCGGCACAGGAAAAUUACUCACUAACACCGGCUAUCACAACACCUCAACCUCUACUCCCACUUCCACUUCGACCACUACACCAUCACCCAAACCAACAGCCACGAAAGACCUAACCUGCAGCGAAACCUCCACCCCUUUUUCGCUUCGCGUUUCCCAACCCGGCGGUACUUUCGAUAAGUGGUUUGUUCACGUCGUUGGGAACGGGUUGCUCUUCACUAGCAGUCAAUCUCAAGCAAGCUCAUUCAGUGUAGAGGGGACUGGACAUUUGUGUGCGGUGGGGUAUGACGAUAGGAAGGCUAGGCCGAGGAUUGCUGCUGUUGGUGUUGCUGGUGCUGGUGCUAGUAAUGGUUCCAGAAACGGAACUGGUACUGGGAGUGGUGAUGGGAGUGGUAGAAAGGGAGUAGGGGGUGGGGGACCGGUGUGGAUGCUGAGGCAAGAAACGCUAAAGGGUUAUUGGGAGGAUUACAAAGCUUUGGAGUGUACGAAGGGGGAUGGGGGGUUGAGUUGUGGUGUUGGUAAUUCUACGAAUGAUGAGGUUGGGUCGGGGUGGGUUGGGUGUGGGUUGCAGUUGAGUUUGGGGAGGGAUAUUAUUGAUGUUGGGUAUGGGGGGUUGAAUUGCUCGGCUGUUUCUUUGGAGGUUGUCGAGUCUUGA